CGGUGCAAACUCAAGACUCUGCUCCCACCCAGCCGUCCCUUCCCAAGGACUCGCCGAACACACCUUAAACCCGGCGCCAGAGCGCAGUUCAGAGUGCAGCCCAGAACUGCAGCUCCGCGGCGCUGGCCCUGGCCGGGUCGCGCAUCUCCAGCCGGACUGAGCAGCCAGGCGCGAGCGAAAACAAACAGCUGGGGCUGCAAGCGCCCCCGCCCCGGCCCGGAGAGCACGCCGGUCCGGGCCCCCACUCGGGGCGCCCGCCCGCCCACCAUGAGGAAGAUCCGCGCCAAUGCCAUCGCCAUCCUGACUGUAGCCUGGAUCCUGGGCACUUUCUACUACUUAUGGCAGGACAACCGAGCCCACGCAGCAUCCUCCGGCGGCCGGGGCGCACAGAGGGCCGGCGGGAGGCCGGAGCAGCUCCGCGAGGACCGCACCAUCCCGCUCAUUGUGACAGGAACGCCCUCAAAAGGCUUUGAUGAGAAGGCGUACCUGGCAGCCAAGCAGCUGAAGGCCGGAGAAGACCCCUAUCGGCAGCACGCCUUCAACCAGCUGGAGAGUGACAAGCUGAGCCCGGACCGGCCCAUCCGGGACACCCGCCAUUACAGUUGCCCAUCUCUGUCCUACUCCGCGGACCUGCCGGCCACCAGUGUCAUCAUCACCUUCCACAACGAAGCCCGCUCUACCCUCUUGCGCACUGUGAAGAGUGUCCUGAACCGAACUCCUGCCAGCCUGAUCCAGGAAAUCAUUUUAGUGGACGACUUCAGUUCAGAUCCUGAAGACUGCCUGCUCCUGACCAGGAUCCCCAAGGUCAAGUGCCUGCGCAAUGACCGGCGGGAAGGGCUGAUCCGGUCCCGAGUUCGGGGGGCAGAUGUGGCCGCAGCUGCCGUCCUCACCUUUCUGGACAGCCACUGUGAAGUGAACACUGAGUGGCUGCAGCCCAUGCUGCAGCGGGUGAAGGAGGACCACACCCGCGUGGUGAGCCCCAUCAUUGACGUCAUCAGUCUGGAUAAUUUUGCCUACCUUGCUGCAUCUGCUGAUCUUCGUGGAGGAUUCGACUGGAGCCUGCAUUUCAAGUGGGAGCAGAUCCCCCUUGAGCAGAAGAUUGCCCGGACAGACCCCACCAAGCCCAUCAGGACGCCUGUCAUAGCUGGAGGAAUCUUCGUGAUCGACAAGUCCUGGUUUAACCACUUGGGAAAGUAUGAUGCCCAGAUGGACAUCUGGGGAGGAGAGAAUUUUGAGCUCUCCUUCAGGGUGUGGAUGUGCGGUGGGAGCUUAGAGAUCGUGCCCUGCAGCCGAGUGGGCCACGUCUUCAGGAAGCGGCACCCCUACAACUUCCCUGAAGGCAACGCCCUCACCUAUAUCAGGAAUACCAAGCGCACUGCAGAAGUGUGGAUGGAUGAAUACAAGCAAUAUUACUACGAGGCCCGGCCCUCGGCCAUUGGGAAGGCCUUUGGCAGUGUGGCCACGCGGAUCGAGCAGAGGAAGAAGAUGAACUGCAAGUCCUUCCGCUGGUACCUGGAUAACGUCUACCCAGAGCUCACCAUCCCGGUGAAGGAAGUCCUCCCUGGCAUCAUUAAGCAGGGCGUGAAUUGCUUAGAAUCCCAGGGCCAGGACACAGCUGGUAACUUCCUGCUCGGAAUGGGGAUCUGCAGAGGGUCUGCCAAGAACCCCCCAGUGCCCCAGGCGUGGCUGUUCAGUGACCAUCUCAUCCAGCAGCAGGGGAAGUGCCUAACUGCCACCUCCACCUCCAUCGCCCCCGGGUCUCUGGUCACACUGCAGGUGUGCAACCCGAGAGAAGGCAGGCAGAGAUGGAGGAGAAAAGCCUCUUUCAUCCAGCAUUCAGUCAGCGGCCUCUGCCUGGAGGCCAAGCCUGCCCAGCUGGUGACGAGCAAGUGCCAGGCUGACGCCCCAGCCCAGCAGUGGCAGCUGUUGCCACACACAUGACGGUAGCCCCAGGGCCUCCUGUACCUUUUGCAUGAGACUUUGGGACCGGAAGGGGUUAGGGUGGGGGAGUGUAAAGCGGGCCGUUUCCAUCUCACAUUUCUGCCGGAACCAUCAGCAAACACCCCUGCCAUGACACACGUUUCUCCAAAGCUUGUACGGGGAGGCGCAGGGGGCAUGCCCGAUGCCCUGGCCACCAUCCCGGCCUUGCCCCGGGAGAGAAGGUCAGGAUGCUGGACUGCUGCUGAGCAGAGACUGGGCGGGUCCCCUGGCCCUUUGUCCCCUCCCUUCGCCCUCCAGGGGGCCUGGACAGUGGUUCUUGUUGGCUGGAGAAAGCAAGGACAGAAGCCCACCCAGGGGCCUCGUUGGGUCCCAGGGCCAUCCCAUGGGAUCAGGCGGGAGAGGAGAAUGUGAGCAGUGUGGAUAGGAAGGCUGAAGGCGGG